AUGCAAGCCGCCCUCCGUCUGGCACGCCAUAGCGCUUCUGUGCGCUCAGCGAACUCCAUUCGCUGCCUCGCGACCACUGCCAAUCCAGCCCACGUUGCCAGUGCUUCUUCUGCAUCCUCUUCCUCUUCGUCCUCUAAAGCCUCUAUCAUUCCUCUGUCCAAUGUUGAAGCUCAGUGGGAGAAGAUGAAUGCGGAGGACAAGUCUACGGUUCACGAGCAACUAGAAGAAAUCAUGAAGAAGGACUGGAAACAGCUUUCGCUAGACGAAAAGAAAGCUGCGUAUUAUGUGGCCUUUGGACCUCAUGGACCCCGUGCACCUGUGAGCAAGCCCGGUGACGGCUGGAAAAUCUUCGCUGGCACAGCAGCUCUCGUUGGUGUGACUGGCAUCAUCUACUAUGCUAUCCGUAUCUUCAGUCCUGCUCCACCAAGGACCAUCAACAAGGAAUGGCAGGAGGCAUCCAACGAACGGGCUCUAGAACAGAAGAUGAACCCAAUCACAGGCAUUGCGUCGGAAGGUUACUCUGGCAAGGGAUUUGUUCAAAAGUAG